CGCCCUGCGUGAGGGAGCAGCCCGGCUCCGCAGCCCGGCUCCGCAGCUGGUUCCCGCUCUUCGUGGGGCGGCGCUCGCCCCGCCGGAUCCGCGGCUCGCUCAUUCCCGGCAGGUGGAGGAGGCUGUCCCGCUCCGGCCGGCCGAAUUGUGACCCGGGAAUAUAAAGAGAAGACUGCACGAGAGAGACUCCUUUGGAUGGUUGGAAGGUGCCCAAGAUCUGAAGAAGAAGAUUGAGACUCAUUUGUCUAUUCAGGUUUAUGAUGUUGUGUCACCAGCUCCUACUUGUCUUUGGCCUGUCACUAGCUAGCGGGGUAUGUGCAUCUAGAAGUUGCUACUCAGAAAACAAAGUCUCCAUAUAUUUUUACUGCAACCUCAGAGAUGUUCCAAAGGAUGUGCCAAAGGAUACAGUGAAGCUUUUCCUGACUUUCAACUAUAUCAGACAAGUGACUGAGACUUCGUUUCCACUGCUGGAGCACUUGUUCCUGUUGGAAAUGGGAGCACAGCUUGUCUUUCCUGUUACCAUAGGAAAAGGAGCGUUCAGGAACCUGCCAAAUCUUCGUAUCUUAGACUUGGGAAACAAUAAGAUUCUUCAACUGGAUCUUGAUGCUUUUGUGGGCUUGCCAAGUGUGACUGUCCUCCGUCUGUUUAACAACAGCCUUGGAGAUUCCAUCCUGGGAGACCGUUACUUGCAAGAUUUGAGGUCAUUGGAAGAACUGGAUCUUGCAUACAAUGAAAUCACAAAACUUCACCCCCAUCCCUUAUUUUAUAAUCUAACAGCCUUGAAAAGUGUGAACCUGAAAUUAAACAAGAUAUCCAGCUUUUGUCAAAUCAAUCUUACCAGCUUCCAAGGAAAACACUUUUCAUUUUUUAACCUUGAUUCUAAUCCUUUGUACAAGACAGAAGAUGUGGCCUGGGCCAAGUGCCCCAAUCCUUUCAAAAAUAUUACAUUUCACACACUAGACCUUAGUAGCAAUGGCUGGAGCACAGAGAAGGUCCAGUAUUUCUGUACAGCCAUUAAAGGAACUCAAAUAAACUCAUUACAAUUUAGCCCUCAUAUAAUGGGUUCAGGAUUUGGCUUUGAUAACUUAAAAAAUCCAGAUGAUUCUACUUUUGCAGGACUAGGAAGAAGUAAUCUUAGGUCCUUUGAUAUUUCAAAGGGUUUCAUUUUCUCUCUCAAUCCCUUAGUCUUUCAAAGUCUUGGUAACUUGGAAUCACUGAACCUUUUCAAAAACAAGAUAAAUCAAAUCCAAAGGCAAGCAUUUUUUGGCUUGGGCAACCUAAAAAUUCUCAAUCUCUCAAGUAACCUUUUGGGUGAAUUGUAUGAUCAUACUUUUGAGGGUCUACGUAGUGUAGUGUAUAUUGAUUUACAGCAAAAUCAUAUUGGGGCAAUGGGUGACAAAUCAUUCAAGCAACUAGUAAACCUGAAAAUAAUUGAUCUCCGAGAUAAUGCCAUUAAAAGACUCCCUUCCUUUCCACAUGUGACCCUUGCCUUUUUAGGUGACAAUAAGCUAAUGUCUGUAGCUGACAGAAGACUAACUGCAACACACCUUGAUUUAGAAAGAAAUUGGUUGGAAGACCUAGGUGACCUGUAUAUUCUUUUCCAAAUUCGAGAUCUGCAGUAUGUCUUCUUAAAACAGAACCGGUUCUCUUACUGUAGGAAAAGUGCUAAUGUUAUAGAAAACAGUCAGUUAAUAUUCAUAGACCUAGGUGAAAAUAUGUUACAACUGGUGUGGGAGAGAGAUUUAUGUUUGGAUGUGUUUGGGGCAUUGCCCAAACUUCAGAUUCUAUAUCUGAAUAACAACUACCUUAGUGCUCUUCCACAGGAGAUUUUUAGAGGUCUAACAUCUCUUAAAGUACUUAACCUGGCUUCCAACCUGUUGUCUCAUCUUUCUCCUGGGCUUUUCCCACAAAGCCUAACAGGCCUUAACUUAUCUGGAAACCAGCUGUUUUCCCCUGAGCCUGAAGUCUUUAUGACUUUGAGUAUUCUGGAUAUAACACAUAAUAGUUUUGUCUGUGACUGUGCUUUAAAGAGCCUGCUGGUGUGGCUGAACGAAACCAAUGUAACCCUGGCUGGCUCCCAGUCUGACAUGUACUGUGUGUACCCCCCUGCCUUUGCAGGGGUACCCCUGUCACUUCUGACAUAUGAUGACUGUGAUGAAGAUGAACUCCAGGAGGCACUCAGACUCUCACUAUCCAUCAUCUCCUCUGUCAUUUGUCUCAUGUUUCUGGUGGCAGUCAUCAUUUUUACUCGCUGCCGGGGGACUUGUUUCAUCUGGUAUAAAACCAUCACCAAAAGACUGAUAGACAACCAGCCACAGGUAGCAGAUAAAAGUGAAUACAAAUAUGAUGCUUAUCUGUGCUACAGCAAAAAUGACUUUGAAUGGGUCCAGAAUUCUUUGCUAAAGCAUCUGGAUUCGCAGUAUUUUGAUAAAAACAGAUUUACCUUGUGUUUUGAGGAAAGAGAUUUCUUGCCUGGGGAAGAACAUAUCAACAAUAUUCGUGAUGCCAUUUGGAACAGCAGGAAAACAAUUUGCAUUGUGACCAGGCAGUUUCUCAAAGAUGGGUGGUGUGUGGAAGCCUUUAAUUUUGCCCAGAGCAGGUACUUCUGUGAUCUGAAGGAUGUCCUCAUUAUGGUAGUGGUUGGGUCACUUUCUCAGUAUCAACUGAAGAAACACAAACCAAUUCGAAACUUCUUACAAAGGAGUCAGUACUUGCGGUGGCCUGAAGAUUAUCAAGAUGUAGAUUGGUUUUUAGAUAACCUUUCUUGCCAAAUACUGAAGGAAAACAAAGUGCAAAGGAAAAGCAGUGGUAUAGAGCUGCCGCCUAUAGCGACUGUCUCACGUUGACUGUAUGAGCUCCUGGCAAAUAUCCCAUUUCCAACUGUGCCAUGGCAGGAAUAAACAGAAGCUGGCUUCAUCUUGCCUUGAAAAGACAUGCAGAAUGAUAACUGUUUCAGUAUAAAUCCUUCAGAACACAGAGACAAAGCUACCAGCAGAUUUAUGAAAGUGCAAUUGUUUUUAUGGACUAAAACGUGCAUUUUCGGAAGAAUUGAAUGAAUUGGAGAUGCUUCACAUUUUGGAUGCAUCUUCAGGCACUUUAGUCCUGACUUUUGGAGUACUGCUUAAUGGUUUGUUUCAGCUAGAGAAGGAUGGUUGUUUUUUCAAAGAGAGCCCACGGUACUGUCCAGAAGUGACAAAAGUGCUCUCAGGCACUGCCAAGCCUGAUCGCUGUGGUUCCUGGACUACUUAAUCCUGUGCUUGCUGCACUGUAAAUUUUCAUGUUCUGUUUCACAGUACAAUCAUUGUUUCCUUUAUUCUUUGUAUUGGUGUAACACAGAUUUCAUUUGGUUAUUUUCUUCUCAAUUAACCUCAGCUCAGCUGGAGCAUAGAAACUUUAGACUCCAUUCAUGCCUUUCCCCUCCACCAACUUCUGUGCUUGGUGAUCAAACUACAGUUGUUGGUCUACAUCAUUUGCUACUUGUUCAGCUUUUUCACUUGACCUGCCUCCUGCCCUCCAGAGAGGAAUUGGUUUUCCAUUUGGAUCUAAGCAGGCUUGAGCUUGGAAAGGGAAAAAGAAACUACCUCAGCAGCUGUGCAGGCUGUACCCUGGUGACAGGGCUUUUGCAUUCUGGGAGUGGGAAAUACACUUGUACUUUGUAAUUGUCCUGUGCAAUUUGGGUUGUCCUCAGCACACCCUUUGUCUCUGAUCAAUUCUAAGGUGUUUUCUUGCUUCUAUUGAAAUGUUUUUCUAGAGGCAUUAAUGCCUGGCUCUCUCUUACUUCUCUAAUUAUUUUACCACUGUCUGCUCAGGUGUGUGUCUUCAAGGGGUUGUUUAGGGUCAUUUUAAUAAAAGUCUGACUCAAUGUUCACUGUUA